GCUGCGGUCGCCAACCUUUUGGGCGCAGGCGGCGGCUUUGGCGCUGAUUGCCCCGACCCCAGUCCGGACAUUGGAGUUGAUGGUGCCGAGCUCUUCGUCGACUUUGGGCACUGGAAGUGCGCGGCCACCAUCAUGAAUCAUGAAAUUGAGCUGUACGACUUCGACCUGGGCAGGAAAGACGUCAAUGUGCGUGAGAUCGUGAGGCACGUCCCACCGCUGGAUGCCGUGGUCACCCUCGGUGAAGAGCUCGUGAACUGCGAGGGUGGCUCAGGGGCCUUAGACUUCAUCAAGUGCUUGGGCUUCCGGAUCCUCGAAUUAGUGCCCCCGCUGAACUUCCUGUCACGCCUGGGCGAGAUCUUUGGCGACUUCAUCGGGACCUUCGCCGAGAUUGCCAAAACGGUCGUGAGGAAUGCCUUGGACAAGGGCCUGGGCAUGGUGCAGACGGCCGCCACGUCUGCGUUCCCAGAGAUCGGCGCACAGCCCGCGGUGCACUACGCCGGCAAGAACCUCGUCAUCAAGACGCAUUCCCAGUCGGCACACCAGGGCACUGACCAGGAGCCGAAGCGGAUGUCCACGCUGCAGACGGGCGGCAACGCGUCGCGGAUGUCGCGGGCAGGUGGUGAUGACGAUGACAGUGUGGGAGCGAUCACUUUUGAGAUUGGGCCUUAUGGGCCCGAGACCACGGGGCUAAUUACGCAGUUCGCGGGCAAGGAGACGCACACCGGCUCCUGCUUGGCCUUCGCGCCACGGACGAAGACCGGCAACGGCAACCAGGCGACGAAGCAAGACUGGCAGGUGGACAACAACGACAAGUUCCUGCACACUUUCUACACCACGAGGUCGAACAUCGAGAAGUGCGUGACGGUCACCUUCGAAUUGGGCUUGCAGCCCGUAGCGGCCUUCGUGGGCGGCUUACAGUUCGACGUGCUCCCCACACCCUUUUUCGAGGUUGACAUCCAAAUUUGCUGGCCGAAGGGGCACCCGGGUGGCGUGGACCUCAGCGCUCUCCACUUUGAGUUCCGUUCGGUCGGCAUCCUACUCCUCAGCCGCACUUUGCGCUUGACGAAGCGCUUCGGUGACAACACGGACUUCCUCCCCAAUAACCUCAACCACGGGAAGGCCACCAUCCGAAGCCAGCUUGGCCUGCCGCGCCCGCCGGGAUCAGACUCGGAGAGCACGUCGGCCAUCAAGUCUAUGAGCCGCAUCAAGUCUAUGAGCAGCUCUGAGAUGCUCCAGACCAACAGCAGCCAUGACGACAAGGCCGAAGAAGAGGUCGCGAUGCAGUGGGCCGACGCGGAGGAGCUCUACUUGGCAUCCGUGGAGUAUGGACCGGAGUCGCACCAGCUCUUCCAGUUCAAGAGCGGGGGCAUGGUCUCUUUCGAUGUGCCAGG